AUGACCGGGAAUGCCCCGGCAGUGUUGCCCAAUCUGAGUGCUUUAGUUGGAAGGGAUGUCGCGAACAAACUUGUGGAGGCGGCUGGCGGUGUUGUGGCACUCGCGCGACUCUCCGAUGCGGCAUUGCGGCAUCUCGGGCUUUGCGAAGAGGCGCAGUUCCAACGCGCCCGACAUCUGCACGCCGGCCAUCUUGCGGAGGCUCCAAUUUUUGUGGAGUUCUUUGGCGCCGAUGAUGUGCGGGCGGAUGAACUGCGCGCGGCGAAGAAGGCACUAGCCGUGCUCGCCCGCAAGUGUUGUAUUGCCGCGAAGGCCGAUCUCUCGGGCGGUGCCGUAACAGACGAACUUGGAGAGAAGGAGCGCGAGAAGUUGCGGCACACCUUCGAACUGCUAUUGGCAGAGGGGAAAGUAAACGCAACAGACACACAAGCACUUCCCGUUCCGCAUGUGUUUGUGCGAGGAGAGGAGAUAAAGAAGAAACGUGGUGGUAGGAAGGAGUUCCGCAAACAACAGGCACAGAAGGAUGCGCCUAGUGCUUUAGAGCGUGCAGUUUCACACAUAAAGAUGGGCGUGAGCGAAGAGGAGCAAAUGCAAACACUUAUGCUGCGCAGCGAUGUUAGGGCAGAGCUGUUGAAUGGUGUAGCGAAGCCACGGGAGCAGCGAAAACGUCAGCGGGAUGAAAAAGAUGAUGAAUACGAUGAUCUUAUGCAAAUCCGUCUAUAA